CGGUACACAAACUGAGUGCGAUUUUUGUGUGAAGCGGAACAGCUUUCGAGGCAAAAACGGACAAAAAACUCUAGAAAAAAUUGAUGUUUUGGUGAAUGUGUCUAUGAGGUAGUAACUAUGUUUUGAGAUGGAGCAGAGAAAGUCUAACACCGUCCACCAUCUUUUUAAUCGCCAAAUUCAAGAUAAAUUCCAGCUUCGUUUCCAGCGACAACAUCACGUUGAUGAGAGCUUGAUAAACCGACUAGGCCUACUGCAUGAAUUAGAGGGCCACAAUGGGUGUGUGAACUGCCUUGAAUGGAACCACAGUGGCCAGUUGCUAGCCAGUGGUUCUGACGAUCUGAAUGCAAUUGUAUGGGACCCUCACCGGAAGAGAAAACUCUGCACUCUCAGAACUGGGCACCAUGGCAACAUAUUUUCUCUGAAGUUUUUACCGAAUGCAAACGACGCCACCUUGGUGACCGGAGCAGCCGACUGCAAGGUGAGGGUCCAUAGUCUAGCCAAUCAGGAAACCACUCAUGCCUUCAGCUGCCACGCCGGCAGGGUCAAGAGGCUUGCCACCGCUCCCAAUGUACCCUACAUGUUCUGGAGUGCCGGGGAGGAUGGAACAGUCAGGCAAUUUGACCUUCGAGAGCCGCAUACGUGCAGUGAGAGCUGUGGCAAUGUUGUGAUCAAUUUGAAUUGCUACAUUGGGAAACAUGCAGAAUGCAAGUGCCUUGCCAUAAAUCCUCAUAGGCCAGAACUACUGGCUGUUGGUGCUAGUGAUCCAUACGUGCGUAUCUACGACACACGGAUGUUGUCUCCGCACGCCGUACAUUUCUCCAGGGAGGAGAGGCAGGGUGCCUCCUGGAGAACCCCGGCCCCAGACCCUGAUGAGAGCGGACCUCUACCCAGUAAAUGUGUGCAAUAUUUUGUGGCAGGUCAUCUGCCCCUUAAAGACAACAACCGGAAUCGUAAAUACCGUUCCUUGGUCUCCACGUACCUUACCUUCAGUCCAACGGGACAGGAACUCCUUGUGAACCUUGGUGGAGAGCAGGUUUAUCUCUUUGACCUACACAACCUCAAGAAGCCCAAAGCUUUCUCCGUGGGUGACUACCGACUACCGGAGAACAGCAAUGGCGUCUGCAAAGAAGUUCCAAGUCAAGUUGCUGAGGCCCUGUCUGCUAACGGCACAUCAAUAGGCUCAACAAACGGAGUGGCCAAGCAUAUCUCCCAUGCUAGCAGCUACAAACUCCAAGAGAGCUCAGCUCACAUUGCCAGAAGCAGGGAGCUUCCCCCGAGAGCAGCAGCCCUCAAACAGGAAGGCAACCGAUUCUUCUGUGACCUCAAAGAUUACACAUCAGCCAUAAGGUUAUUCAACCAAGCACUCAGCAUAGCUCCAAACAGCACCGUACUGUAUGGCAACAGGGCUGCCGCAUUCAUGAGACGCAAAUGGGAUGGUGACCUCUAUGCAGCGUUACGAGACUGUCACAGUGCCUUGUCCCUGGAUCCUUCACACCAGAAGGCCCAUUUCCGUCUCGCUCAGUGCCUCUUGGAGCUGACAUGGGCGCGGGAGGCGCAGGAUUGCCUCAAGCAGUACAAGUUUAAGUUCCCGGAUCACGGCAGGCAUCGGGACUGUGAAGCAUUGGAUCGGGAUAUCACGGCCGCUGUCUUCUCCAUGUGUGAUAGUGAAGACAGUAGCUCUAGCGACAAAGAUAAAGUGGAGACGUCUCCAAGAAGACGAUGGAGUCAUCAAGAUCAUGUAUCAGAUGAGGAGAAGUUGCUUAGGGGCGAGGCGUUCGACUACGCUGAGAGGUUCUGUGGACAUUGCAAUACUACCACAGACAUCAAAGAAGCCAACUUCUUCGGAAGCAAUGGUCAGUUCAUAGUAGCAGGGUCGGACGACGGCUCGUUCUUUGUUUGGGAGCGGAAGACUACCAACAUCGUAAGAGUCCUGAGGGGGGACGAGUCGAUUGUGAACUGUCUACAGCCACAUCCCAGCUCCUGCCUGCUGGCAACCAGCGGGAUCGACCCCGUAGUCAGGCUAUGGGGACCCAAACCUCAGGAUGGCAAAGCUGAAGAGCGAUGUAUCCGUGAACCAGACACAGCAGCCACGGCCAACCAGCGUCGCAUGAACGCUGACCCCCUGGAGGUCAUGUUGAUGAAUAUGGGCUACCACAUCACAGGAAUGUCCGAUGGAUCCGACGAUGAAAGCUCAGAUGGACCUGUGCAGUGCAGGACAAGUUGAUGGAGGGGGGAAAGAAGAAAAAAAUUAUGAUUCCAUUUAUACUCUUAGCCGAGUGCCACUUUUGCAUCUGAGUUGCUACUGCCAAGUCCGAAUUCGUCACUACAGCUACGGCUACGGCUGUUGCUAAGGGUGUUGCUAAGAGUCCUAUAUCUCAACACAGGAUGGUGCGAAAAUCUAGCUGUAGCUGCCAAUGGACCCUUCCCAUGAAAUAUGCUAAUUACAUUCACGCAUGCGUUGAGACCCAGUUGGUUGGCAAAUGCCAUAGAGUUGUGUACUAAGCAGACGCGCAGUCGCAUCUGCAUCACGCACCCGUUAGCCGUGUACAAAACAGCGCAAUGUUCCCUCAUUUUGCCAACCAAAACGUUAGUGCGCACGCACUACGUGCAAUUUACAUGAUUCAUGGGAAGGGUCUAUUCGGACAUGGCCUAAGCAUACAUUUUUUCUGGGCAUUGGGGGAAAAAAGUUUAACAGAAACAGGGUACCUGCUAAACAUUCACGUAUG